GAAAAGGCGCCAAGCAACAACCAAGCAAGAAGAGGAAUGAGGUCGUCUUCUUGCUUCAUAAAAGUUGAAAAGGUGCUUUGGCUGUGCGAUUAAAGUUUCUGCCUCUGUUAUUCUUUAUCUACUAGCUAGGAAGAGCACAGCAUGCCUCCCAAGCUGUCACCAUCGGGUGCACUCCGCUUCGAGACUGAAGAGCACACGCUCUGUGGUCUCUGUCGAACUCCCUACAAAAGUUGUGAAUGCAAGGGCUUGAAAGAUAACCUUCAUGACUGGUACGUUUGGCACGGUGUGCCUUCGACUAUGAUUCCAUCAGCCAAAGAUCGCAUUUUUGUUGGUCUGCCUCCUCCACCUGACAAUUCAAGUCGGACCAAGCUUGUGAAGAGAUGGGUCAGUUUGGUAAACAUUUCGAUGAUCAUGGGACAUUUUGAUGCCAACCAUUGGUUUAGUACCAAAUGGGAAAGCUUGAAUGCCUCGAUGGACGCCCGCACAAAGCUCUUGAAUGAGAUGGUGGCAGAUUAUGUGGCCCAGUUACCAACGAACACAGAACUCACUGUUUUGGCUAGGGUCCUUGGUCUUCAAAGGCGAGCCAUUGCAGGGAAAGUCGACGGUAUAGCCAAAGAAGCUUGGGCUGCCUUGAGGAUUUUCCUUUCUGGUGACUGGGCUUGCAUGUCCAAGGCAGGCAGCAAGCUGUUGAUGAAUGCCUUCAAUACUCGCGAUCCAAAAAAGUACCCUCGGGAUGACCCACACCUUGAAAGGAUUCUUGAUUCUGGAGUCAGUAGAAUCUAUGGUGUCAUGGAAAUGGGAUUUGAUAAGAAAGGAUACUGUCUGGCAAUGGAACCUGGUCGCCGUCCCUGUGGAGUUGGAACCAGCACCACCCUUGAAACAUCCGAUGAACGUCUCAUCAGUAAAAAAGCGCGCAAACGAAAGACGACCAAGGAGUCCAUUCCCACAAAGAAGCGACGUCGAGUUGAGAGUUGAAUUAUAUUUUUUAAAAAGUAGAUGUCUUGUGUUCGCUUCUUUCUUUGUUGCCGUUUAAUCAAAGAGCAACGCUCAAUCUUGAUAUUACCCAAGGAGCACUCCAGUGUUUUGCUGCUUCAUGACUUGUCAAGGAUUAUUGUAACCAUCUCUCUCUGAACUCGCACCAGUCCAAAUCAAUCACUCUAUAACUAGU